AUGGGUUCUUGCUUAAACCAAUCUCCGUUUCGCUAUUCACAGCGUUCGUCCCGUUCUCCAUUUCCAUUCAGAAAUGCGCACACUCGGAGAAGUCACAGAACAGCUAUGGCUUAUGCACGACAAGAAAACCUAAAGGACAAAUUUUUCUGCUCAAGGAGAUUGAUUUUGUUCAUGGGUUUUGCAGUGAUGCCGAUAAUUAGACGAAGGGCUGGUGCAAUUCAAGCCCUCGACGCAGAUAAUAUUGAACUGAAGGAACAAGACUGGAAAGAGAAAGAAAAGGAAUCGGUUCAAGAAAGUUCGUCUCGAAACUCAUUCUUUCUGCUUCUUAAUGCAAUCGGGUUUGCCGUGCUUGCCGCUCUGUAUGCAUCAACAAAGAAGGAAAAGGAUGCUGCAGAUGCAACCAUAGAAUCUAUGAAAAUCAAACUGAAUGAGAAAGAGGCAGCCAUAGCUUGUCUGGAGGAAAAAUUCGAAACGGAGCUGUUAAACGAGAGAGAAACUAGUAAAAAAUUGCUCGCAAAAGAAAACGCAGAGCAUCUGGCUUUAUCAAGUCAGUUGAAACGCGCAAAUGACACGAUCAAAUGCAUCAGCAGCGAGCUGCAAGAACAGAAAGUAUUAGUCAAAGAACAUACUUUCCAAGCUGGCGAUCUCGAAUCCAGGCUGCAUGGGGCCCAGAAUGAGAAAACCGAAAUUCAAGAGCAGCUGAAGGAGAAGGUAAAUUCUUUAUCUGAUCUGCAAGAAAGAGUUGACAUGCUUUCUUUGGAGAUAAAAGAAAAGGAGGAUAGCUUUCUCAUUCUUAAAUCGAAAUUCGAUGAAAAAGAAAGAGAUCUCGAUACACUGAGCUUCCUUUACAAGCAAGCGAGGGAUCAGGUGACUAAUUUAAAUUCAGAGGUUGAAAAAUUGAAAGAUUUACUUUUGGAAGAUGAGAAGGAGCUGGAGUUGAAGAACGGGCUGGUCGAGAAGCUAAAAUCGGAAUUGUCCCUUUUGAUUGAUGAGAAAAAUGAAUCUAGCAAGAAACUAGAUUCUGUUGUAGACGAAUACAGCCAAUUUAGGUUGUCGGCUGAAAAAAAAUGGGCCUCUGAGGCUGAGAUUCGGGGGAAGAAAGAGGAACAAAUUUGCCGGCUCGAAGAACAAAUUAACUUUUCAUUGGGCGAGAUUGAAAGAAAAGAUGGGUUAAUUUCUCAUUUGAUUAAGGAGAAAGAUAAUUUGCAAGAAAUGCUGGAAUUAGAGUCGAAAAAUGCAAAAAACAUGGGAUGUGAGCUUGAAAUCACACAAGCUGAUUUGGAGAAAUCAAGUAAAGAAGCUUCUGAUCUGUCUGAAGAAUUGAAACAGUCGAGAGAUUUGUGCUCGAACCUCGAGAAGAAGCUUUUCGAGGCUCAAACUGAGUUUAACGAAGCUAAGGACAUAUUACAGAUGAAUAUUUUGGAAAUGAAGCAAGAAACUGAAAACUUGUCGAGACAGUUAAGAUCCGCCAAGGAGCUUUUAGAUAAAUCAAAUGCCGAGAUUGAAAUCACUUCCCAAGAACUGAUCGAUGCAGUGCAAAAGUGUGAAAUCUUGGAGAAAGAACUUAAUGAAGAAAAAAACGCUACAACUUCUUUAAACGAAGAACUGAAUCUUCUCGAGGCCCAAGUUUCGAAAGACAAAGAAUUUAAGAAAAAUCUCGAGUCGGAUUUAGACGAAGCUGAUAAAGCACUAGAGGAGAUGAACCGAAAUGCUUUAAUUCUUUCGAGAGAGUUAGAGAUGGCGAAUUCUCGGAUUUCAGAGUUGGGGGAUGAAAAGGGCGCGGUCUUUACUGAUCUCGACAGGGAAAAACGGGCUUUCCGAGAAGCCCAGUUGAAUUUGGAGGAUGCGCAUAGUUUGGUGUUGAGGCUCGGGAAAGAAAGGGAGGGUUUGGAGAAGAGAGGGAGAAAAUUGGAGGAAGAACUAGCGUCGGCUAAAGGUGAAAUCUUGCGUUUAAGGGGUGAGAUUAAUUCUUCGAAAAAAACAAAUAAUGUUCAGAGUCGAGAGAAAAACGAUGGGGUCGAUGAAAAUGGCGUUCGGAAAAAGAGGGUUAGAAGGAGGAGGAAGGUUUAA